AUGCAUUUUGCCAGCAUCCUCACCGUGCUGAGCUUGGCAUUAUGUCGCGCCGCCAAUGCUGCCACCAGCGACGACUGGCGAAGCAAGACAAUCUACCAAGUUCUGACCGACCGAUUCGCGCGCACCGAUGGCUCGACGACCGCAGCCUGCGAUACCAGCCAAGGCAUUUACUGCAAUGGCACGUGGCAAGGACUGAUUGAUCAACUCGACUACAUCCAAGGCAUGGGCUUCGACGCCGUGUGGAUUUCACCCAUCACAAAACAACUCGAGGGUAACACGGCCGACGGCUCUGCGUACCACGGCUACUGGCAACAGGACAUCAACGCCGUCAACGAGCACUUUGGCACUGCUUCCGACCUCACCAAUCUCGCUUCGGAACUGCACUCUCGCAGCAUGGUAUGUUGAUGAAGACCAAGGCAAAACGCAAUCAUGGCCGUUUCACUCGUCGCCUGACUACCUGCUAACUUCCUCGUGACGCAGUUGCUGAUGAUCGAUGUGGUUACGAAUCACUACGCAUACUCCGGCUCGCCAGAUACCAUCGACUAUAGCAUCUUCGUCCCCUUCAACGACGAGAGCUACUUCCACCCAUACUGCGCAAUUGACUACAGCGACGACACAAACACGGUACGUACCUUCCGCGACUUUGCGCGCUCCUCUUGAGGAGAUGUCGAUCUUCGCUUUUGCGGGGAUAUCUUUCUUUUUCCCCCAACCUACUACUGUCCGUGCAUUUACCCCAUCCUGUUCCCACGAUUAUCACAAGGAUCGGAUCGAGAUCGCGCACGCUGACUGGUGCACAGACUAACAUCGAACAAUGCUGGGAGGGCGACACCACGGUGCCACUGCCGGACCUGAAGACCGAAGCACAGAAUGUUUCGGCGGUAUGGGACACAUGGGUCGGAGAGCUCGUGUCAAACUACAGCGUCGACGGCCUGCGCAUCGACUCGCUCAUGGAGGUCAACACCGGUUUCUGGUCUGGUUUCCAGAGCGCCGCGGGCGUGUACUCGGUUGGUGAGGUCUUGGAAGGCGACGAGGGCUUCGUUUGCGCCUUCCAGGAUUAUGUGCCGGGUGUCAUGAACUACCCGAUGUGAGUAUAAAGAUCUGAUCCCUGGGCUUGCAUGGGUUGGAAGCGGAGCUUUGCUACUGUGGAGGCGGUGGUGGCUGACGGGUGAUUGCAGGUACUUUCCGCUUGUUGCUGCUUUCGAGAGCACGACAGGAAGCAUUUACGAUCUGGCUGACAUGAUUGACACGAUCAAGAGCUGCCCGGAUACGUCCCUGCUCGGCACGUUUUCCGAGAACCACGAUCAGCCACGAUUCGCAUCCCUGAACGGAGACAUAGCCGCUGCCAAGAACGUGCUCGCCUUCACGAUGCUCACGGAUGGGAUUCCGAUUGUGUACCAGGGCCAGGAACAACACUACAACGCCGAAGGCGGAAGCUCGACGCCUUACAAUCGCGAAGCCCUCUGGUUGUCCGGAUACAACACCGACGCCGUCCUCUACCAACUCGUCACGACUCUCAACGCCAUCCGACACCACGCCAUCGCCGACGACAGCAGCUACACCACGACGCAGAACUCGCACGUCUACAACGACUACACCAACAUCGCGAUGAAAAAGGGCAGCGUCUUCACCGUCCUCUCCAACGUCGGAUCUUCGGGUUCCAACUACACCCUCGACAUCCCGUCGGGCUACGAUGCCGACACGGAACUCACGGAACUCCUCUCCUGCGACACCCUCACCGUCGACAGCAGUGGCAACGCCACCGUGCCCAUGAGCGCCGGCCUCCCACGCGUCUACUACCCGACCUCCUCCAUCUCAGGCAGUGGUCUCUGCGGCGCCAGCUCAAAACGUUCCACAACAACAAGAAACUUGAAGCCUUCGAGGCACUUCCGUUUCGCCGACGAAUGA